AGCUUCCUCUUCCUGUUACUGUCAUAUAUAUGCGCGGGUAGAUUCGUCACGAAAUUCAGUCAUUACAAAGCGACUAGGACAGCGUUAACCAAUGAAGUUUAUACAACAUAGCACAAUGAGAAGAGUAUUCGUCUUUCUUAUUGUUUUAUUUAAUUUGUUUUACAGGACAGAAAGUCAGAAUUCUAGUGCUCUUACUACUCCUAGUUUAGUGCCACGGAUACCGUUCCCUCCAACAACGAGAUUUGAAUCAGCUAAUCUAUCAUCUACAGAUAUUAUUACCCAUCUUCAAGUUUCGACUGAUGCUCUAUCAGGGCCUGCUAUCACAAGAGUUCCAACGACAAGUACUGAUGCUCUUCCAACUGGGCCUGCCAUCACAAGAGUUCCAACGACAAGUACUGAUCAUGCUCUCCCAACUGGGCCUGCCAUCACAAGAGUACGUCCAACGACAAGUACUGAUGCUCUCCCAAGGACCGCCAUCGUAAGAUUUCCAACGCCAAGUGCGGCAAGUAGAUCCACUCCAUCCAGUACAUCUCUGCCUAAAAAUAACAAUACAAAAGGUGAGCAAUUGUGGCAGGGUAAGAUAAUUUUUACCAUGACAUCUUGGUGUAACAUGAUCUUUGCCAGCAGUAUCCGUUGUGACUUGUGACAACGGCAUUCAUGAAAACUAGGUUUAAAUAGAUUUGUUAUGUAUAUGUAAACUAGAUAGAUAUGUAAAAUACCCUACCGGUAUAUAGGUAUUUUUAUUAAUUGUGGGAAUGUUAACUUUUCUUAUAGUUGACAAGUUGUAAUACCCCCAAUCCACCGCGUUUAGAUAAAGACAGACGACUGACUGUACUUAUUAGAUUCACUCAUACUCUAUGACCGGCUAUAGUCAAGUUAUAUAAUAAUUGGUCGAGAGCCAUGAUCAUUGGUCGAGAACCAUGAUCUAUUAGAGGACAGACGCACGGAAUUGCGUCAUAUAUAAGUUUUUAAUGUCGAAAAUAUUUCAAAAUUCGACAGGAUUUAUAUAAAUUGAAUGAAUUCAUGCAAUUAAAUCUAUAAACAUCAAUAAAUACCUUCGAUAAACGUGCAAAAACCACUCACAAAAGCUAGCAACUCGGCAAAUCUCAAUUCAGUCAUUCAGAUGCGACUUCAAAAUCCAAUCGGCAAUCCGGUCUUCGAAAACAAAUACUUUUUCGGUCAUUUGACCCUGUCAAUGUCUCGUUUUCAAAGCUGGUUUCUUCACUUUGUGCAACAUAGGUAAUGUUUAAGUGCUUUUCAAUUGCGAUAGUCGCUCAAAACAAAAUAAUUGCCUUUUUAUCACACGUUUUUAUUCCUUUAAAACAAUGUUUUUUUCACUGUUUUGAUAAAUUUUAGUUUUUCCUUAGUUAUUACCGUCUAGCGCAUUCUAAGCUUAGCCAAUCGAAAUUCAGGACGUGAUUUAAGCGAGCCAAUAGCAUUUCGUUAUUUGCAUAGAUCAUGCACGCGUGAUAUUUUCAAAAUUUCGACUUAAUCCAAAUGUUUGGGGGAAUAAAAAUAAACUGUUUAAUUCGGCAAUUUUUUCAAUUUUAUUAUAACAAAUAGAUUACAUUUUCCCGUUGUCUGUUCAGUUAUAGAUACACAGUAUGACGUCAUAUGUGGUGAGAACAAAAAGUGACCACUCGCCUAGGCGGCUCGUGACACUUUUUUUGUUCUUACCACAUAUGACGUCAUACUGUGUAUCUAUAACUGAACAGAUAACGGGAAAAUGUAACCUAUUUGUUAAAUAUGAUAUUCUGGAUACUAAACAAAUAAGUCAUUGUAUUAUGUUUAUGUUAAUAUUUGUGCACGAUCAUGGCGAUUGAGAUCAUUGUAUUUUUGUGAAAACAAGUAAUCGUCCAAUGGCGAUAGCCAAGGUGAAACGUGAAACCAGGCACAGUUGAACAUCAAAUUAACAAAUUAAGGUCUUCUAUAGCCUCCUCCGCAGGCAUCUCACCCGAUGAAUUGGGUGGUGGGAAAAAGUUUGUUUUUUCAAAACCCAUUCGCAGGCUAAAACCCAUAGAGAGGCCUGCGGAGGAGGCUAGGUCUUCUAUUUUCUGGCUUUGAAUCUUUGAUGUUUCCCGGGCUGACAGACCAUCAUAGACAUAAUAUCAAGACACGCUACGAUUCACUUUAUACAAAACAGCUGUAGAUUGUGAUAUGAUUCUAUAGCGAUAAAUAUAUUACUCCCGUAGGGACCACUUUAACUUAACAGGCACAAAUGCGAUAUACAGGGUGUCGAGGGUACCUAUUUAUCAAGCCAGGAUUCGAGCCAGGACUCCACUCAGGACUCGAGCCAAAAAUGACGUCAGGUGAUUUUGACGGGUGGAAAUUUACCGACAGUGGACACAGCGUUCUCACUUUUAAUUAAUUAAGGAACUUUCCUUAAACUGGGGGAAAUUUAGACUAUAUUCGUUCACCAACAAUGCGAAAUGUUAAUUUAAAGAAAUUUAACUGAAUCUGAGGAAUUGUUUAUCGAUAACCUAAGGAAUGUUUGGCAAAUGGGUAGUGAGAGAAUCAAUUUCCCCAUAUACAAAUUUAUGACACUGAACAUUAGUAAAAUGUUCAAAACAGUUUUGUUGUGUAAUCUUUGAUGUUAUUUAUAUACUCGCAAGUUGUGAUCUACACAAGACCAUACACAGUACUACGCUUUCUACUUGGCACGUUUGAGUAGCUGAGGAGAUUGCAAAUAUUUGCACUGAUAACAUGACCGUGUUGUCAAAACGUUCUUAGUCGGGGACUCAGUUGUCUCAGCAUAAUUAUAAAGCAUGUAGGCAAUGGCUUUAUAUUCUAGUAAACACGAGUCAUAUAAUAUUUAGCCUGUUAUUCCAUUUUUACCGUAUGGUAGCGAAACGUAUCAUAUUUAUUUGUUCCAAGAGCAUUAUAGAGAAAAACUAAUAUGACUUAAUUAUAAACACAAAGAAGGAAAUUUCUAUAACAUUUUCUAUUCAGUACAAAUGCGGUAUACUUGGUAACCAGGCCAGGGACCACUUUUUUGAAACCAGGGACCAUUUUACUGAAAUCUGAUAGGCUCUCGCGCUGAAGCGUUCGGCACAUGCAGCACACCAGGCAUAAAACUUAUUUAAUAAAUUUAUCAAAGCAACGUACUUAUGUCAAGCUUUGAUGCACUUGUGGGUCCAACCUGUAUAUUUUAGAGCAAUCUCGAUAACUUUGGUCAGUAAAGGCAUUAACACAACAUCUUUUAUCCAUGGUGGAUCAAUCAAAGUAUAUUUUCGCAAAGUAUCAUAAUAAAUUUGUGAAACCAGAAGAGUGUUAAAAAUUCAGUAUAAUUAUAUCUAAUCGUAAUUUACAACUGUAGCACUGAGUUCAAAAUGUAAACAAUUCAGCGUUUGUUUACAUUGCGGACUUUACAGCAUCUUUAAACAACACUAGAUAAUGAAGCUUAAUGAAUAAUGAGGUUUAUCAUCUCAAUUAUCUAUUGUUUGAAUUGCAUUCGACGCGACCAAAAUUCGACGUAUAAAACAGACCUCAAGAACCAAACACCGAAACCUGAAGUCGCAGCGGCACACAGUGUGCGGGAACGUCUGAUUGGUUGAUGGAUUUCAGUGGGUUCACUGAUCAGUGAUCAUUGCUAUUAUGAGUUGGUAAUAAAGAUGAGUUAAGAGAUUUGUGAGAGCGUUUUAAUUGUAAGUAAAUUGUAGGAAUGUCAGUGUGACGGUUAAAUGUUUGUUUGCGGCUUCUUUAAGGGGCGGACCAUUAGAAAUCCCGGGAGGGGGGGGGGGUAUAAAAUUUUUGCGGCACGAAUUUUUUUUUCAGUCUCAUGUCUCUGCAGGAUUUUUUUUAAUGCAUUCAAGCUCUGCACGAAUUUUUUUUCAAGACUAUUUGUACUUUGCUGUUUGCCUUGCACAAAUUUUUUUUCCCUGAUGUAAUGGCUGCAUUUCUAAUGGUCCGCCCCUAACUCAAAGGCGUGUUUUGUCGUAGCUUGUCUGAUAGGCUUUUCAUUUGAGACGAGUCAAAUUUAAUAUGUUCAAUAUAUAAUAAUGAUUUCCUUUUCCCGUGUUUUAUCCCUUUUAGGGCUUUUAUCGUAGUUUGUCCUAGUCAUGUCGUGCAUGAAAACACUUUUCAACAGAAUUCACACACACUGGAUGUAAUGAUGAUCAAACAAGACGAACGCAUGUAUUUAUUUUUUACUUACCACAAAAUAAUACUAUAUCAAUCAUACUGAAUAAUAACUAAAUAAUACUAUAUCUAUAAUACUGAUCAAUCAAACAAGACAAUCAAACAAUCUAUUUUCCACAAAAAUGCAACAUGAGCUCCAUCUUUGAAUUACUAGAUGAAUAAAUUGUUGAACACGUCCGAAUUUAUCAAUAUGAUAAAUUCGCGGCACAUUUUGAAAUUAUUAAUAGAAUAAAUAAAAAAAGCACAAGGUUGUUCGCGCCGGGCUGGGGAGGUUUCAAAAAAGUUUAAACUGAAAGUAAAAAAAGUUAACAAAAGCAAAAAAAGUUUAAAAAAGUUAGAUUCUGAAAAAAAGUUUAAAAAAGUUAGAUUAGGGUUAGGGGUUAAUUAGGGGUUAGGGUUAAGGUUAGGAGUUAGUUUAGGGGUUAUUUAAUUUGCUUUACAUGACAGAAAGUCAGCAUUCUAGUGCUCUUACUACUCCUAGUUUAGUGCCACGCAGUGGCGUAGCCAGCCCGACAAUUUAGUCCCGCUAUGCAAAUUCAAAUUGUAUCUGUAUUCCUUGCUAUAUGUCCAUCAUUAAUCAGGUCAGAGACAGGGAUUUUUUACACAUAACCAAACUAUUGGAAAAAUUCCAGUAAUAUUAUAUUGAAAACAUAUUUUAAACGCGUCAUUUUUAGCCAGAGAGGAGGUAUAUAACAGUAUAAUAAUGUAUUAUGUGUAAUGUGUAAUGUGCUGGUGAUUAUUAACAGUUUUCACGUUUUCUUGCAGGAUCCAUCAGGACAGAAGUACCGGCUAAUUCGCCCUGCUGGACAUUUUACAAUGAAAGUUAUCUCCCACAAGGCAACAUGGAGAUCGCCCAUUUUCAAAUGCACCAACUGUAUCCCUUAGUGUACACAUAUUGCUCUGCAAGUCUCCUACCAUUGAUGUGUUCUGUGUAUGUGCCGAAGUUCGAUCCAGCGACAGAGACCAAUUUACAACCAUGCGCGGAUUUAUGUGACCAGGUUGCCAAUGAUUGCCAUUAUGCAGCAAGUAAAUUGAAUUUCCGAAUUACAACAUUAUUGAACAGAUGUCGUGUGGAUAAUGCUCAAUGUUUCCGUGAGUACAUAGUUGCAUAGAUUCAGAAAUCUGAGUUUGAGAAAGAUGGGGUAUAGGUGCAUGGAAGAGUUUAAAACAUAAUCACCCCAAAUUGUGGGUACAUUAAAAAGCUGCAAAAGUGUGAUCAGCUGUUUAUCUGAUGACCAAAUACUGUACACUCUGAGGUAUUUAAUAUAAAAAUAAUCCGUUUUUAUCACACCGUACAUGUCCAUUCCUUAUGAUGUAUCACGACAAAAAAUCUCGUAAACCUCGAAAAAACCCCGAAAAUCCCUAAAUAAUUCCUGAAAAUCCGUAAGACGUCGCUACGAAAUCCCAAAAAUUAUAAGCUUUUAAUUAAGAUUCAUCACUAUAUGAACAGGCAUUUAUCUUUAAUAUUUCUAUAGGACCGAAUAUAUCGUCUCCAAGAAACCCAUUGAGUAAGUAUGAAUUAUUGCCAAAGCAAGAAUCUUUAAAGCAGCCAUGCAUAACGACCGUUACUAUGCUAGCCUGCGUGUAUAAAAAAAAAACUGAACAGAUUUGAAAUUGCUCUCAAUUUUGCAAAACGCCUAGUUGUAUCCGGUUUUUUAUAUAUAUAACUUCUUUGGGUACUUAUAAUGUAGAAUAAUGAAAAAAAAUUCUCGAACUCAAAUUUUGUGAACCGGGGGGGGGGGUGUCUUUUCCAACAAACUAAAAAUGGCUCGCGCACAAAAUUUAAAAGUUGUAAUCAUAUUUUGAGUUAAUAGAUGGACAAUAUAUCGGGUUUUAAUUACUGUACAAAAUUUCAGACAAUUUGGUUUAGUUUAAGCCCUUUAACUAUUCAUUUUAUUCUAAAACAUCAGCCUUUCGCAUGCUUAAUUAAUGCCUUUACCUAAUUUGCAUAUUGCUGACAUAUGCAAAUUAGGCAAAUGCAUUAAUUAAGCAUGCAAAUAGCUGAUUUUUCGGGAAAAUUGUAACUUUGCGUGAAUAGUUAAGGGCUUAAACUAAACCAAAUUGUCUGAAAUUUUGUACAGUAAUUAAAAUCCCGACAAAUUUUCCAUCUGUCAACUCAAAAUAUGAUUGCAGCUUUUAAAUUUUGUGCGCGAGCCAUUUUUAGUUUGUUGGAAAAGACACACCCCCUGGUUCACAGAAUUUGAGUUCGAGAAAUUUUUCUCAUUAUUCUACAUUAUAAGUACCCAAAGAGGCCAUAUAUAUAAAAAAACGGAUACA